AUUCAAGAUGUCUUUCCAGAAGCCCGAGAAGGAUUUCGGCGAGGGCCCUAAGGUCCACAAGAUCCGCAUCACCUUGACCUCCCGCAAGGUUGCCUCCCUCGAGAAGGUCUGCCAGGAGCUCAUCGACCGUGCCCGCUCCAAGUCCCUCCAGGUCAAGGGUCCCGUCCGUCUCCCUACCAAGACCCUCCAGAUCUCCACCCGUAAGACCCCCAACGGUGAGGGUUCCAAGACCUGGGACAAGUACGAGAUGCGCAUCCACAAGCGUCUGAUCGACCUCCUCGCCCCCACUGAGACCGUCAAGCAGAUCAUCAUCAACAUCGAGGCCGGUGUUGAGGUUGAGGUUACCAUUGCCGCUUAAAUGAUCUAG